AUGAGUGUUAUGGGUAAGAAAGUAGGGAAGAGAGCCUCGAUGGCUUUUCUGUUUACUACUAGUGCUCUUCUUCUAGUACUAUUAAUCUCUUUGAGUUUUCCAUCUCCAGCUGAUGCAGGGAGGAGACCACCACCAAAGAUGCCAAUCUAUGUGCCUUCAACACCACCUAAGAAAUCUCCACCACCAGUACCAAAGAAGCCACCCCAUUAUGUGGCUUAUAAACCACUAAAAAAGCCAUCGAAGCCAAAGUCUCCUCCACCAUAUAAGCCAGACCUUACCUCUGCCAAAUUCCCAAAUGUAUCACCAGGUGUUCUUGGAAAAAUUGCCAAAGGAAUUGGCGCACUUGGCAGGCAUUUAAGAUCACCACCACCUUAUAAGCAAGACCAUACGCCGUCCACAGAAUACACAACUGCCAAAAUUACAAUAUCAGGAUUAGGAGGAAUAGGAGGAACAGGAGGAAAAAUAAAACCAAAAUUUCCACCAGGUUUUUUUAAUCCACCAUCACCACGCCUUCCUCCCACGCAUGCCUAA